AUGGGUUAGAGUGCUUGCUGCAUAAAAAAUAAUGACGAUGAAAACCUUAAUAAACAGAAAAAGAAGAAUUUAAAUCCUUAAAGUAAAGAGAAAAAUGAUGCUAGUGAUUUAAUGAAAAACAAACAUGCCAAGUAGAGUCUUUCAUAAUCUUAUGAUUGUAAUAUACCAGUGUAUGAGAGGAUAAGUGAAAUAGAAACGAAAGAAGCACCCACUGCUAGCAAAACUUAAAAUAUAAAGAGUUAAAAAAAGAAUAGCCCAUAUAAUUAUACAGCUCAUUAUUCCUCUGAAGGAAACAUACCAGAUAUGCAAAUUGAUAGCUAAGAAAAUUAUAAGGAUUAGCUGAUUGAAGAUCCAAAUAAUUCUCCUGCUACUGCUGCUUUAGGAUAAACUACUCCAAGAAAUUAUAGGAGAGAUAUUUAAGGGAAUUAGAAUUUUAAAACAUUAAACCCUGAAAGAGUUUUAGAUUUAAGUAAUAAUGCUAAUAAUCACCCCAACUCUUAUAAUAAUUAAACUUUUUAGCACAAUUAGCUUAGUCAAAGUAAUAUUUCUGACCCAACUGCUACCUAAAAUUAUAAUGUAGCUAAACCUAAGAGCCCGUAUACUAUUAAAAUGGAAGAAUUUUAAAGGGUAAACUUAAAAAAUAUAAAUAACCACUACUUAAAUUUAAAAAAUAGUGUUAGUAAAUCAAAGUAAAGCUAGUAAAAAAGGCUAUCUGACGCUCAACAUUAAAAUUUGUAAAAAAGAAUAGAAAGAGAAUUGGCUAGUAUUGUCAAGUCUAUUGAAUGUGAUGAAGAAAAAGGAGGUGUUUUUUUUGCUUAUGAUGAAUCAAAUCUCUAAUAUAUAAAAAUUUUGAUCACAGGAGCAGCUAACACUCCCUUUGCAUAUGGAAUUUAUGUUUUUGAUAUGUUCAUCCCUGAUGAUUACCCUAUUAAUCCUCCAAAACUUAAUUUCUAAUCAACCUCAAAAGGUACUAUAAGAUUUUCUCCUCUACUACCCACAGACGGUAGAGUGUGCUUGAGUCUACUUAAUAUACAUAAUGGAUAAUAAUUAAUAGAGUCGGAGUAAUGGAGUGAAUACACCUCUAACUUAACACAGGUGAUACAAACAAUUUAAAAUGAUAUUCUCAAUAGUGACUUAUACUAUUAAGAGCCAACCACUAACUACAACCCUAAUAAAAAUAAUAACGAUUCAAGUUUAAAUGUAAGUGACAUGUACAACUAAGGAUAUUAAAAUGUAGUUAGAUACGCAAAUAUAGUUCAUGCAAUGGAAGAGUCGAUUAAGUAGACUGAUGGAAAUUUUAAGGAAUUUUCUAAAUUGAUUCAAACCCAUUUCUCUCUUUUACAAAGCUAAAUUAUAGCCUAAAUAAAUAAGUGGAUAAAUGAACAGUAAAAUAUAAAUGAAGAAGAUAUAAAGCCUCUUUACACAGGAAUAGUUUCUUAGCAUAAUCCAGAGAUAGCUAAAUCAUUGCAAAAUAAUGGAUUUAGUAAAUAGGCAUAAAACUAGCUUAAAAAUUUAUAGCAAUAAUUCAAGAAAUUGAAUUCAACCUUUAAAGAAGGUAAAUAGUCUGUACUCAGUUGA